AAAUACUGAAUGGAGGGGUGUAUGUUGGCCAGAACAAAUUUCUUUGCUUCGCAGACACCAUUCACUGGCAGGAUAUCGUGCGUAACCCCUGGGCUUCCAACUUCACUUUGGUUCCAACAAAUGGCAGCUCCGGAUGUGGUCGAUGCCACAAGUCCUGUACAGGCCGGUGCUGGGGACCCACAGAGCAUCACUGCCAGACCUUAACGAAGACCGUGUGUGCAGAGCAGUGUGAUGGACGGUGCUACGGGCCCUACGUCAGUGACUGCUGCCACCGGGAGUGCGCUGGAGGCUGUUCCGGACCUAAAGACACUGAUUGUUUUGCCUGUAUGAAUUUCAAUGAUAGUGGCGCAUGUGUCACACAGUGCCCCCAGACUUUCGUGUACAAUCCUACCACCUUCCAACUGGAGCAUAAUCACAAUGCCAAGUACACCUAUGGGGCUUUUUGUGUCAAAAAGUGCCCACACAACUUUGUGGUAGAUUCCAGCUCUUGUGUCCGUGCGUGUCCGAGCUCCAAGAUGGAGGUUGAAGAAAAUGGCAUUAAGAUGUGCAAGCCCUGCACUGACAUUUGUCCUAAAGCGUGCGAUGGCAUUGGAACAGGGAGUUUAGUGUCAGCCCAGACGGUGGAUUCCAGCAACAUUGACAAGUUCAUAAACUGUACCAAGAUCAAUGGCAACCUUAUCUUCCUUGUUACUGGGAUUCAUGGGGACCCAUAUCACACAAUUGCCGCAAUCAAUCCAGAGAAAUUAAAUAUCUUCCAAACAGUGAGAGAGAUAACAGGGUAUUUGAACAUACAGUCAUGGCCUGAGAAUAUGACCGAUUUCAGGGUGUUUUCUAACUUGGUUACUAUUGGUGGAAGAGCUCUCUAUAGUGGCCUUUCCUUACUCAUACUCAAGCAACAAGGCAUUACCUCUCUGCAGUUCCAGUCCUUGAAGCAAAUCAGUGCUGGCAACAUCUACAUAACAGACAACAGCAAUUUGUGCUACUACCACACUGUCAACUGGACCAGCCUGUUCAGCACACCCAGUCAAAAGACAGUGAUUCAUCGAAAUAAAAAGGCAGAGAACUGCACUGCGGAUGGGAUGGUGUGUAAUGAGUUAUGCUCAAGCGAUGGCUGUUGGGGGCCAGGGCCAGACCAGUGUCUCUCCUGCAAGCGCUUCAUCAGGGGAAAGACCUGCAUAGACUCUUGUAACCUGUAUGACGGGGAAUUUCGAGAAUUUGCCAAUGGUUCUGUCUGUGUGGAAUGUGAUCCCCAGUGUGAAAAGAUGGAAGAAAACAUGAUCACCUGCUAUGGGCCGGGACCUGACCACUGCACAAAGUGUUUCCAUUUUAAGGAUGGUCCAAAUUGUGUGGAAAAAUGUCCUGAUGGCUUACAGGGGGCCAACAGCUUCAUUUUCAAAUACGCUGAUGAAGAUCGUGAGUGCCAUCCGUGUCAUCCAAACUGCACCCAAGG